AAAUAUAAAUUAGGAAUUAAAAACAAAUUAGUUGGCAAAUAAUUGCUAAUUUAACGCUAAAUGUUCAAAUAUACAAUACUAGGUUAUGAAUACAGUUCGCCUCUUGACUACUUUUUCCGGCUGUAUUAGUAGUUGACGCCUGCGUAUCAAAAUGGCGCUCUAACCYUUCGAUUCAAGAAAAGUUUUUGAGAAAAACGUAGAAGAAAUCAAAAUUUGUCAAAAAUGGAUCCACGUCACGUAAUGCCAAACUAUCCCCCUGCUCCAAGCACCAGUUACGGGCGAAGAUACGUCAUCGUGAGAGUAAAUAACUUGGAUUUUGGAACCUCGGAAGCUACCCUUCAAAAUUUCUUUUCGAGUUGCGGACAAAURCAUGAAUGURUUAUUWCGCGAAAUAUAGACACUAACACCAGUCGCGGUUAUGGGUAUGUCAAAUUCUYUCGUYUUGGGGAUGCUCUAAGAGCCUGCCGCAACUUCAACGGCGAAGAAUUGGACGGCCGGACUUUGCAAGUUUACCCCCAGGACAAGUUUUUGAGACGCAAACUUGAAAAAGAAGCACGCGACCGCGAAAGACGCUUCUCUCCGAGCACUUCGUUCGGUAGAAACCCAAGAACGCAUUCCCUCAAAGUCACCAAUUUGAAUUAUAAAAUCAACGAAGAUGACUUGAAGAAGCUUUUUGAGCCCUAUGGCACCAUUGCUGACAUCUACGUCCCCCGCUUACGCUACACGCGUAUCAAUAAGGGAUUUGCAUUUGUGAGAUACUAUCGAAAAUCUGAUGCUUAUUAUGCCAUCAGCAAAUUGGAUAAGUCGACUGUUAAGGGCCGUCAAAUCUGUGUUGCAAUGGCCAAACUUGGACAACCACCCCCGUAUCGCAAUUAUGCUCAUGGAACCGACAGGAAACACUAGAAGAUGGGCCCCAUUGCUCAAUGCUUCCGCACCCGUCAAACAGAGGGCGCUAAUUUGAUGAAAUGUCUAGGCUUUCAUAUAUUUGUUCAAUUUAAACUAGUUAAAAAUCUGUUACUUGUUCAAAUAAUUGUAACAUGAUUGUAUUUUCUACUUAUAUGUUUGAUGUUGUUCAUUAUUUGUUCACAUGAUUGUGUACUUUCUACUUAUGAUAUGUUUGAUAUUGUUCACAUGAUUGCGUACUUUCUACUUAUGAUAUGUUUGAUAUUGUU